AUGAAGGAAGUGGCGGUGUGCGGAUUAUUGGUUCUUGUCUUCGACGCGGUGCUGUGUUUGGCUCUGUGGGCUGGACUGGUGCUGCUGGAGUGCUCCAGCUGUGGAGGGCUGGCAGGUGUGUGGGCUUUCGGGGCAGCAAAGUGGGCCGUCCUCCUCGUUUUCACCUCCGCACUGACUGACGGGAGGCCCCCGGCUGUGCUCCGCAGGCUGGUGUCUCUCCUCUGCCUUCUGUCUCCUGUGUUGGAAAGUGGACAGGUUUUUAUGGCGCCUCCCUCGGAGCCUUACACGGGACCAUCUUUGGACUUCAACAUGCUGCUCCUCAGCCCCUUGUCCUCGUCACUGGCCUGCGUGGUUUGGGAAAAGGGCCUCUGUGGCGACUCAAAGCCGAGAAAGGACAACGUUAAACUGGAUUCCAGGCGGCUGCUUUUAAGGAUGCUGAAAUACUUCAAACCAGACACCUUUUAUCUGAUUGCAGCUUUUAGUUCCCUCAUCUUAGCCGUCAUCUGUGACACGUUUAUCCCGUUGUAUCAGGGGAAGGUCAUUGAUAUGCUCAGAGGUGGAGCGCUUCAAACCAGCUUCUGUUACACAAUCGGACAGCUGGCUCUUCUCUCUCUCGGAAGCGCUCUGUUCUCAGGCUUAAGAGGAGGAAUCUUUAUGUGCACCCUGACCAGACUGAACAAGAGACUGAAGCAUCUGCUGUUUCACACCCUCCUGCAGCAGGAGGUGCAGUUCUUCGACGAGAACAACCCCGGCCGACUUUCCUCUCGCCUGCACUCUGAUGUGGACAGGAUGGGCCGCACGGUCGCACUGAACGCCAACGCCCUCGCUCGCAGCGUGUUCAAAACCUGCCUCAUGCUCAGAGUGAUGCUGGGUCUGUCCUGGGAGCUCACGGUGCUCACCUGCAUAGAGAUGCCACUGCUGGCCAUCGUGCAGAACAAAUACAACACUUUGUCUCAGGAGCUGAAGGAUCAGAUCCAGGACUGCCACGCUCAGAACAAAGACCUGGCUUUCCAGACCAUCAGUAAGAUUCACACGGUCCGGAGCUUCAGGGCAGAGAAAGGUGAGCUGAGGAGGUACAACGAGGCUCUGGACCAGAUGUGCGCCGUGAAGACACGUUCAGGAAUCUACAGCGCGUUUUUCUGCUUUAUACGAAGG